CCCUCUCUAAACUCAGGUUUAUAAACCCAAUCCUAUACUUCAAAUCUAUGUUCUUUCCAUUUUUCCCGCCCACCUCUCAUUCGCGGCAAGAGCUUGUUCUCUUCAUUGUGCGUUUCAUUCCCACAAUUACAAUUUACAGUUUAACCUUUCAAAUGACGCUUCGUAUAUUUCUGCUCCUCGGGAGAUUUCUGUUCUUCUAUCUUCUGGUCUCUGUUCCUUUCCCUUGCAGGUCUUCAAGCAGUGGAAGCACACAGAAGACCUUGGCUAUGAUAAAGCCAGAUGGAAUGUCUGGUAAUUACACUAAUAGGAUAAAGAAUGUCAUUCUGGAGUCUGGUUUCCGUAUUGUCAAGGAAACAAUUGUUCAACUUGAUGAAGACACUGCAGCAAGCUUUUAUGCUGAGCACUCUACAAAAAGCUUCUUUUCUAACCUCAUCAAAUACAUAACGAGUGGCCCAGUGUUGGUUAUGGUUUUGGAGAAGGAAAAUGCUGUUGCCGAUUGGCGUGAUCUGAUUGGACCAACUGAUGCACACAAGGCUAAGGUUACUCGUCCACACAGCAUCAGAGCAAUGUGCGGGCUAGAUUCAGAAAAGAAUUGCAUUCAUGGUUCAGAUUCUACUCAAUCAGCUCAAAGAGAGAUCUCGUUUUUCUUUAAAGAGGUGUCUACAGGUGCCGCAGUUACUGAACAUGACGAGCUUUAAACAGGAGGAUCUUGAAAGCAGCAAUUGAAUUUAUAAAAAGGUGGCACUUAGAACAAGGAAAAAGAUUAUACAGAAAUCUAAAGAGUGUUGUUCUGGCAUGUAUCUGGCCCAAUACACCAAUUGGGUGUUCAGUACGAAUUUGUUCGGUGUUAUAAGUCAACCCGACCCCUUUGGUACACGUGUUGGUCCGACAUAAGAUGAUGGGAAUUACAUUGUCGUGACACGUAGCCAACUGCCCUAACCUAAACCCGUCUGCACUAUUUGGUGCCCCCAUUUCCAAGUGGAUAUGGCUGUGUCCCACGUGAUUGGCCAGUCAUAUGAUUUCGUGGUGCCCAAUCUCACCGAUAAUUCUACCAACAUAGAGAGGAGAGAUUGCUUAAAGUUGAACGGGGGGCUUCUUUUCGGCAUCCAAGUACCAUGCAUCUAAAAGGCUGAAGUCCUUGGGUGUGUAGCUUGCUUCUUAUUCUCACUGAUGCUUUUAGAUUGGCGUUCAACGAGGUACUCCAACGACAAAGUACAAGAUAUGAAUUUUUAGUUUCCACUAAUAAACUUGUUAUAUUAGCUGUAGUGUUGCUUUACAUGUUACAAAAAAUUGGGAUAUGGAUAUGGUUUCUGUUGCAAAUUGG